GCUGUUGGAUGCCUAAAAGUAUCCUAAAAGUGCCUCGCGCUUGGCGUUGGUUCUGCGUUUUCCCAGCAUUAGUGCGCGGCGGCGCUGCUUUUAUUUAACUGCGCGCGAGGAGGAACGUCGAUCAAAUCAUGGCCAUCCACUCGAACUCUUUACCUAAACCUUGCUUGGUGUUGUGGAUGCUUCGGGCUUUCCUGGACCUGGCCGCUUCGCAGGAGGUUUACGCGCCGCACUCAAUUCGGGUUGAAGGAGACGUGACGCUGGGGGGACUCUUCCCCGUCCACGCCAGAGGGGUCCCUGGGAUGCCGUGCGGGGAUAUCAAGAAGGAAAACGGCAUCCACCGGCUAGAGGCGAUGAUGUACGCCUUGGACCAGAUUAACAACGAUGACGACCUGCUGCCCAACGUCACCCUGGGCGCCCGGAUCCUGGACACCUGUUCCAGAGACACUUACGCACUGGAGCAGUCGCUGACUUUUGUGCAGGCGCUCAUCCAGAAGGACACGUCGGACGUGAGGUGCACCAACGGCGAGCCGCCGGUGUUCGUUAAACCCGAGAAAGUUGUCGGGGUGAUCGGGGCAGCAGCCAGCUCUGUGUCGAUCAUGGUGGCCAACAUUCUGCGGCUCUUUCAGAUCCCUCAGAUCAGCUAUGCAUCCACGGCACCGGAGCUAAGUGAUGACCGGCGGUAUGAUUUCUUCUCCCGGGUGGUGCCGCCAGACAGUUUCCAGGCCCAGGCGAUGGUGGACAUUGUGAAGGCCAUGGGUUGGAACUACGUGUCCACUGUGGCAUCUGAAGGCAGCUACGGGGAGAAGGGGGUGGAUGCUUUCACACAGCUUUCCAGAGAAGCAGGUGGAAUCUGUAUAGCACAGUCACUGAAGAUUCCUCAUGACCACAAACCCUCUGACUUUGAUAAAAUCAUUCGCCUGCUUCUCGACACUCGGUACGCCAGGGCAGUCAUCCUGUUCGCCUCUGAUGAAGAUAUCAGGGGUAUCCUUGAUGCGAGUAAGCGAGCAGACCAGGUUGGCCAUUUUUUGUGGCUCGGCUCAGACAGCUGGGGAGCCAAAAACAGUCCCAUCCACCAAUUAGAGGACGCUGCUGUCGGGGCUGUCACAAUACUGCCAAAAAGAGCAACCAUCAGUGGAUUUGAUGCAUAUUUCACAUCACGCACUCUGGAGAACAACCGGCGGAACGUGUGGUUUGCUGAGUACUGGGAAGAAAAUUUCAACUGCAAGCUGAUGAGCUCCUCCAAGAAAGAUGAGAACAGCAGAAAGUGCACAGGUCUGGAGCGCAUUGGAAUAGAUUCCAAGUACGAACAAGAGGGUAAAGUCCAGUUUGUGAUCGAUGCCAUAUAUGCCAUGGCCCACGCCCUGCACAACAUGCAGAGGGACCUCUGUCUAGAGAACUCUGGAAUCUGUCCAGAGAUGGAAGUAGCAGGAGGAAAGAAGCUGCUCAAGUACAUCCGUAGUGUCAGCUUCAAUGGAAGUGCAGGUACUUCAGUGACAUUCAAUCGUAAUGGCGACGCCCCUGGGCGCUACGAUCUGUUUCAGUACCAGUGGAAUAAUGUCACGGGACCAGGCUAUCGCGUGAUUGGACAGUGGACAGAAACCCUGCAGCUCAGUAUUGAAGACAUGCAGUGGCCUGAGGGUGAGCAAGAUAUUCCAACUUCCGUAUGCAGCCUCCCCUGUAAAUCUGGUGAAAGGAAAAUAGUGAAAGGCAUGCCCUGCUGCUGGCACUGCGAACCCUGUGACGGCUACCAGUACCAGUAUGAUGAGUUCACCUGCAAACUUUGCUCCUACAACAUGAGGCCCAGUCCUAACCGCACGUCUUGCCAACCCAUACCCAUAAUAAAGCUUGAGUGGCACUCACCCUGGGCAGUGAUUCCUGUUUUCCUGGCAAUGCUUGGGAUCAUUGCUACAAUUUUUGUCAUGGCGACUUUUAUACGGUACAAUGAUACGCCAAUUGUCCGAGCAUCUGGAAGGGAGCUAAGUUAUGUUCUGCUGACUGGGAUCUUCCUAUGUUACAUUAUCACGUUUGUAAUGAUUGCUAAACCUGAUGUUGGCGUGUGCUCAUUCAGAAGGAUUUUUCUGGGUCUGGGUAUGUGCAUCAGCUAUGCCGCCCUCCUUACCAAAACCAACCGAAUCUACCGUAUCUUUGAACAGGGUAAAAAGUCAGUCACGGCACCCAAGCUGAUUAGCCCUACAUCACAGCUGGCAAUCGCCUCAAGUCUCAUCUCGGUGCAGCUGUUGGGGGUGUUAAUCUGGUUUGGAGUUGAUCCACCCAAUACGAUCAUUGACUAUGAUGAGCAGAAGACCAUCAACCCAGAUCUAGCACGAGGGGUUCUGAAAUGCGACAUCACAGAUCUUCAGAUCAUCUGUUCUUUGGGAUACAGUAUCUUAUUAAUGGUGACAUGUACUGUUUAUGCUAUAAAGACCCGUGGGGUCCCAGAAAAUUUUAAUGAAGCAAAGCCCAUUGGGUUCACCAUGUACACCACCUGCAUCGUCUGGCUGGCUUUUAUACCCAUCUUCUUUGGCACAGCACAGUCUGCAGAAAAGUUGUACAUCCAGACAACCACACUGACCAUCUCGAUGAACCUCAGUGCGUCUGUGGCCCUGGGGAUGCUAUAUAUGCCCAAGGUCUACGUCAUCAUCUUCCACCCAGAGCUCAACGUGCAGAAGAGGAAACGCUCCUUCAAGGCUGUUGUCACAGCAGCCACCAUGUCAUCUCGACUCUCUCACAAGGCCAGCGACAGGCCCAACGGAGAGGCCAAAACAGAGCUGUGCGAGAACGUCGAUCCUAACAGUCCUGCAGCAAAGAAGAACUACGUGAGCUACAAUGACCUUGUGAUCUAACGUCAUUCCUCCAUCACAAAAACACACUGAGAUGGAAAAGAGAGCGUGAUCGCUGGAGACAGCUGCUUUCCUGCCCAACAUUCAUGAAAAAUUACAAAAGGGGGGAAAAAAAGGGAUGGAUUUUUCUUCUUAAUUUUGUCCCACUUUCUUGGCUGCUCACAGCGGACUCUGAAAUGCAGGCGGCAGCAGCAGCGAAUCACUAGAGCGUAGCAUUGUGGGACUUUGGGUACGCAAACAUCCACUCAGUUAAA